UGAAGUAAAACCCACUCGAUAUUUCUCCUUCAAAGCCCCCAAAAAUUUUCUGCGUUCAACAGAUCAGCUAGCAAAGUUCAAAUUCUUGAGAGAAUCCCAAUUUUUUCUAGGGAUAAAAGUUUGCAUAGAGAUAUACUCUGCUUUUAUGCAUAAGAUGGAAGCGAAGCUUGGCAAAUUCUUCGAUAAGGUCGGCAGCUUUUUCUCCGGCAGCGAUCAGAUUCCCUGGUGCGAUUUGGAUGUCGUCGCUGAACCUGGUGCAAUUUCGUUUUGUCUGAGCUGGAAAUUGACACACAAAAUUGGUUGUGAGCAUGAAGUUGCUGAAGCUCAAAAAGGUUCCUCUGAUAAGGUGAAAAGUGAAUGCAUCAUGCGCUUAUCUUGGGCCCUCGUUCACUCCAAAAGGCCUCAGGAUGUUCAACGUGGAAUAGCUAUGCUGGAAGCUUCUCUGGCUGCCGAGUCAAGCAGCCCCUUGGAGGAGAGGGAGAAGCUUUAUCUUCUUGGUGUUGGACACUACAGAAGCGGGGACUACUCCAGGAGCAGGCAGCUUGUUGAUCGUUGUCUGCAGAUUGCUCCUGAUUGGAGGCAGGCCUUGAACCUGAAGAAAGCAAUUGAAGAUAAAAUUACCAAAGAUGGAGUUAUUGGCAUCGGCAUUGCUGCAACUGCGGUUGGGCUUGUGGCUGGUGGCAUUGCAGCAGCAGUAUCAGCCCGCAAGAAGUGAUUAGCACGAAUAAUAAACUGUUGAGUUUUAUAUAGACCCCUUUACUUCGGGAUCUUUAUCUAGGAAUCAGUAAAAUUUCUAGGUGGUAUAUACGAAAGUUUUAUGUUUCCCUGUACAUUGCUGCAUCAAUUGGCUACGCGUUAUUAUUUUCCUCCUGUAAACCGUGACUAGAUUCUCUCCUUAUAUGAUUUCUCUAUGUGUGCUUAUGUGCCUAUAGCUUUCGAUAAAUGUAGAGUGAAAAGUCGUGUUUCAUUCUUGAUGUUGUGUUCAGUUUGGUUUAAGUAUUAGAUGGAGUUCAGCUUGAA